AGAGGAGCAUGAGGAUGGAGAACCAGAGCAGCGUGUCCAAGUUCUUCCUCCUGGGGCUGCCCAUCCCACCAGAGCAGCAGGGUGUGUUCUUUGCCCUGUUCUUGGGCAUGUACCUGACCACAGUGCUGGGGAACCUGCUCAUCAUCCUGCUCAUCAGGCUGGACCCGCACCUUCACACCCCCAUGUACUUCUUCCUUAGCCACUUGGCCCUCACCGACAUCUCCUUUUCCUCUGUCACUGUCCCUAAGAUGCUGAUGAACAUGCAGACUCAGGAUAAAUCCAUUCCCUAUGCAGGGUGUGUAGCACAGAUGUAUUUUUUCAUAUUUUUUGCAUGUCUGGAUGAUUUCCUGCUCACCUCAAUGGCCUAUGACAGGUAUGUGGCCAUCUGUCACCCUCUCCACUAUACCACUAUUAUGAGAGGCGGACUGUGUACCUUACUAGUAACUGUAUCCUGGAUUCUCUCCUGUGCAGUUGCCCUUUGUCACACCCUCCUCUUGACCCAGCUGUCCUUUUGUGCUCACAACAUCAUCCCCCAUUUCUUCUGUGACCUCGGUGCACUGCUGAAGCUCUCCUGCUCAGACACCUCCGUCAAUGAGCUGGUCAUUUUCACAGUAGGACUGGCAGCCAUUAACCUCCCCCUUGUAUGUAUCUUGGUCUCUUAUGGCUGCAUUGGAGCCACCAUCCUCAAGGUUCCAUCCACCAAGGACAUCUGGAAAUCCUUAUCCACGUGUGGAUCCCACCUCUCUGUGGUUUCUCUCUAUUAUGGAACAAUUAUCGGGCUGUAUUUUGUCCCCUCAUCUAGCACCUCCAGUGACAAGUACAUAGUUGCCUCUGUGAUGUACACAGUGGUCACCCCACUUCUGAACCCCUUCAUUUACAGCCUGAGGAACAGAGACAUGAAGGGGGCCCUGGGAAAACUCUUCCACAAGGCAGCAGUCUUGUCUCAAUGAUGUUUGCUCAUCUAUAUAACAGACACAUG